GGUCAGGCUGCCUGAAUCCCAAGAGAUCUAGCGGAGACAUUGGAUCUGGGGGUGGAGAGGUUGGGGAGCGGAAAGGGAUCUGCUGGCAGUGGGGUGCGGUGGGGUGGCGCCCCCCCAACCUUGGUGAAUUGCAUCCUGGAGGAGCCUGUGCGCAAUUUAGCCAAUGCAGAAGACAAAAUGAGGGCCAUGUUUCUGUCCGGAUUGUCUCCUCCUUCCAGAGGAUGGGAAGGAGCUGCAGCCGAGCCAACUCAGAGGCUGGUGACUUUCAGAGAUGUGGCCGUCUAUUUCACAGAGGCACAAGGAGCUCUGCUGGACCCAAAUCAGAGAGCUCUAUACAGAGAGGUCAUGAUGGAGAAUUAUGAGAACGUGACCUCCUUAGGGUUUCCGGUUGCAAAGCCUGUCCUCAUCACUCGUCUGGAACAAGGAGAAGCUCCCUGGGUACCAGAUCCUCGGAACUUGGGCAGCAGGUGCUCAGGUGUCUUGAGGAAGAACAACUCGUGCCGCAAGUGUGGGAAAUGCUUCUCCCAGAAACCGGAUCUCGUCAUACACCGCUUGGUCCACAUGGGAGAGAAGCCCUUCAAGUGCUUGGAGUGUGCGAAGUAUUUUGUUCACCAUUCGGAGCUCGUGAAACACCAGCGGGUCCACACAGGGGAGAGGCCCUUCAAGUGCCUGGAGUGCGGGAAGUGCUUUUCACGCCAGUCCGUCCUCGCGAACCACCACAGGAUCCACACGGGGGAGAAACCUUACAAAUGCCUGGAGUGUGUAAAGUGCUUCACCCAGAGAUCGCAACUUGUCAGGCACCGGAGAGUUCACACGGGAGAGAAGCCGUACAAGUGUCCCGAGUGCGAGAAGUGUUUUGCACGCCACUCGGUCCUCAUCAACCACCAAAGGGUCCACACGGGGGAGAAGCCCUACCAGUGCUUGGAGUGUGCGAAAUGCUUCGCACGGCAGUCCGUCCUCGUGAACCACCAGAGAGUCCACACGGGGGAGAAGCCCUACAAGUGCCAGGAGUGCGGGAAGCGCUUUGCUCACCAGUCGAACCUCGUGAACCACCAGAGGGUGCACACGGGCGAGAAGCCCUACAAGUGCUUGAAGUGCGGGAAGUGCUUUGCCCAGCAGUCAGACCUCGUGAAACACCGGCGCAUCCACACGGGGGAGAGGCCGUACAAGUGCUUGGAGUGCGGCAAGUGCUUCGCCAUCCAUUCGGACGUCGUGAACCACCAGCGGGUCCACACGGGGGAGAAGCCUCACAAGUGCCAGGAGUGCGGGAAGUGCUUCGCUCAGCGCUCGGCCCUCGUGAGCCACCAGCGAGUGCACACGGGAGAAAAGCCCUACAAGUGUAUGGAGUGCGAGAAAUGCUUCUCUCAGCUGUCCAACCUCGUGAAGCACCAGCGUGUCCACACAGGAGAGAAACCCUACGAAUGCUUGGAGUGCGGGAAGUGUUUCGCUCGGCACUCGCACCUCCGCGUUCACCACAGAGUUCACUUGAGAGCGAAAGCCAGCCAACGCCUCAACGAUCUCGAGAGCUUGAUGGAGAAGGGGGGCCUUAUUCAGUAUCAAAUAGCCAGCACUUGGAUGGGAUGGAAUUGUCAGGAGCGACACCGAGGAAGCGUCCGCAGGAGCCCCGUGAAGGCGCGCAAGGGGUGCAGAAUGAUGUCGGCGCUUGAAUCCGGAUUAUCUCCCCUUUCUGUAGAAAUGGCAAGGGCAGCAACGGAGCUGGCUCAGAGUCCGGUGACUUUUGAAGAUGUGGCUGUGUAUUUCACGGAGAGCCAGGGGGCUCUGCUGGAUCCAGGCCAAAGGGCCUUGUACAGGGAUGUCAUGAUGGAGAACUAUGGGAACGUAACCUCACUGGGAUUUCUGUGCCCAAAGCCUGAACUCAUCUUCCAGAUGGAACGAGGAGAAGAACUCUGGGUACCCGAAUCCCAAAACAGAGGUGAAGCAGGGAUCCUUGAUGCCUGCUCAGGUGACCCUCUGGAAAUGGAAGCGUGCCCCCGGUGCGGGAAUCAUUGCGGCGUCGUGCCCCAGAGAAUCUUGGUGGGCAAGAAAUCCUUCCGGUGUCUGGUGUGCGGGGAGUGUUUUGCUCGGCAGCCGGGCCCCGCCGCGACCCGGGUGGGAGAGAAAACCUACAAAUGCCAGGAAUGCGGCGAUGGCUUCGAACAGCACGCAGCCUUCGUGAGCCACUGGAGAGUGCACACCGGAGAGGAGCCGUACGAAUGUCUGGAGUGCGGGAGGUGUUUCCCUCAGCCCUCGUCCCUCGUGAAGCACCGGCGCGUCCACGCGGCGGCCGGCGGGCCUCGCCACACGUGCCUGGAGUGCGGGAAGGGCUUCGCUCAGGAGUCGUCCCUUACGGCCCACCAGAAAACCCACCUGCAGGAGAAGCCCCACAAGUGCUUGCAAUGCGGGGAACACUUUGCCGACCACCCGGCCUUUGUGAGGCACCAGAGGGUCCACACGGGGAGGAAGCCCUACAAGUGCCUGGAGUGUGGGAAGUGCUUUGCUGACCGGUCGCACGUCGUGGCGCACCAGAGAGUUCACCAGGGAGCCAACCCCUACAAGUGCCUGGAGUGUGGGGAAUGUUUUGACCAGCACUCUGCGCUCGUGAGUCACUGGAUGAUCCACACCGGGGAGCAGCCCUACGAGUGCCUGGAGUGCGGCAAGUGUUUCCCCCGGCCCUCAGCGCUCGUGAAGCACUGCCGCGUCCACACCUCCGAGAAGCCCUACACGUGCCUGGAGUGCGGCAAGUUCUUCGCCCAGCAGUCGGGGCUCGUGAAACACCAGCGCAUCCACACGGGGGAGAGGCCCUACGCCUGCUCCGAGUGCGGGAAGUCUUUCGCCGACAGCUCCUCCCUGGCCAGGCACAAGAGGGUCCACACGGGGGAAAAGCCCUUCGCCUGCUCCGAGUGCGGGAAGCGCUUUUCCGACCGCUCGAACGUCUUGGCUCACAAGAGGGUCCACACGGGCGAGAGGCCCUACAAAUGCCUGGAGUGCGGGAAGUGCUUCUCUCACCGGUCGCACAUCGUGAAGCACCAGAAGUUUCACGUGAAAGAGAAGCUGUCGGCCGCGGGCAAGUUGCCUUGUCCUGGAGCAGUUAAACAAGAAGCGCUCUGAAUCUCGGGUGAGGGUCAUUCCAUGUUAAGCGAUCCAAUUUUUAAUUAAUUUUUUGCCAUCCAAUUUUCUUUCUUUUUAAAAUAUUUUUUAUUAGGAAUUUCAACAUAACAAUUUAUCAAAAACACAUCCUUCUCCUCCUCACACUGAGAGCCAGUGUGGUGUAGUGGUUAAGAGCGGUAGACUCGUAAUCUGGUGAACCGGGUUCGAGUCUCCACUCCUCCACAUGGGUGACCUUGGGCCAGUCACACUUCUCUGAAGUCUCUCAGCCUCACUCACCUCACAGAGUGUUUGUUGUGGGGGAGGAAGGGAAAGGAGAAUGUUAGCCGCUUUGAGACUCCUUAAAGGGAGUGAAAGGCGGGGUAUCAAAUCCAAACUCCUCAAAUCCAAACUCCCCCCCAUUUUUUCCCUCCCCCCCUCAAAAAAGCAACCCCCACACCCCACCCCAGACUUCCCUCAGCUCCUCUCUCUGGUUUUUCAGCACAUGUUAUUCUCUGCAUAUUAUAAAAUUGUAAAUCCAAUUUUCUUAAAACUUUGUACACUUGUUGAAUGAGCAAAACUAAGUUUAAAUCUAAACUUUUAAUUCUUUCAUCUCGUCCCAGUUUUGACGUAUGAAGGUCAAAAAAUUGACAGUUUUGAUCAUGCCCUACUACACAAAAACCUUAAAAGCUCAGCCCAGAAUGGAGAUACUUCAAAACUAAAAAUAUAAAUCUCUUCAGAAGUUUAAUAUGAUGUUGCACAAGAUGGAUUUCCUCUCAAUUUUAAAAUUAAGCUAAAAAAUUUAAAGGUGAUUUUUAAAAAAUCAAUAUGAUUAAGAUUUCCCCCCAAAAAAUGUAUCGAAUAUUUCAUAUUUCUAAGAGCUUCCUGCAAAAUUUCAUCUUGGGAUCUCAAUGACAUCACAGUUAAUAAAAAUAUUUUGUACGUACCUGUCUGCCUUAUUGGAUUCUAUUUAGCAUAAGUGGGUUUUCUUGGAGUAAAAUAUAGCAGAAUAAACAAGACCUUCAGGCAUUUCUUUAAAAAGUUAUUCAAUUAAAAGCUAGUCAUGCUUUUCUUUUAAAAAUGUAUUUCCAAGCAGAACGAUAGCUUGCUGAAAUCUGGGAUCUUCCCUUAUACUACUUUUAGGAAACUGAAACUGAAAGCAAUAUAAAAUGGUAAGGUAAAAGUCACUGAAUCACUUGACAUGGAAUGACCCACUAGAGUUGUAUUUCCCUGUUAACAAAUCACCCAGAGAGUUUUGCGCAGCACUAAGCUUGGAAAUGUGAACUCACGUUGGACUUCCACAGUUCUGUAUUCUGCACAGGGGAGUUCUCUCAGGUGAAUAAACUCUUGAAGCACCUGAGUCCAGAGCUGGUUGCAUUGAAGGGUGCUUUUUCCAAGGCCCUAAACUUGACGUGAAUUGAGAGAUUUCUGCUUAGGACUGACGUGCAUCUGAUUCCUCCAGUUUCUCCAGUAACAUCAAGUGAAAAGAGAUCAGUGGUGCGACAUUACUGCACUUGACAUUUCCCUGCCUCCCGGAAAUAUUAUUAUUAUUAUUAUUAUUAUUAUUAUUAUUAUUAUUAUUAAUUUCAUUUGUUAAUAGCUUCCUGCAAAGCAUCUUGAAGCAAUUUCACAAGUACAAUUAACCGUAUUAUUUUUAUUUAUUAAAUUUCUGUCCUGUCCUUCCCCCACCCAAAGGUGCCCAGGGCAGCACCCGUCAAAAAGUUAAAGCGAUGGAAUUUAAAAUACAAACUUCGUUUAAAAAUAAUUUUAAAACCGCACAUGUAAAACAACUGCACACGUAAAAGCAAUUAAAAUAUUAUACAGGCAUCUCCCCACCUAACUCAGGGGUUACGUCCUUGGGUACCGCGCAUAAAUGUGAAAUUAUGUGUCAUGGGGAACAUCGUUUAAAAAGCCUGCAAACACCUAUAGCUCUUUAAAACCUUUU